CACAUGAGGGAACUUCGGGCCAAUGGCGCCGCGCCGGGGCCGGGGCCGCGCUCGCUGCCGCGGACGCUCAUUCAAAACGCGGCCGGGCUCUGGCGCCCGCAGCCCCGCACGGCGCCCGGGGCUCGGCGGGGCGGGCGCUGCCGCCGCCAUGCCCGGCGGGGCCGCGGGCUGAGGCGGCCGCCCGCCGCCGCCAUGCCGGUGAAGAACCGGUACAACCUGGUGGACGAUGGCUGCGACUCGCGCGUCCCGCUGCACAACGAGGAGGCCUUUCAGCACGGCAUCCACUUCCAGGCCAAGUACAUCGGGAGCUUGGAUGUCCCCAGGCCCAACAGCCGCGUGGAGAUCGUGGCAGCCAUGAGGAGGAUCCGGUAUGAAUUCAAAGCCAAGAACAUUAAGAAGAAGAAGGUGAGCAUCAUCGUGUCCGUGGACGGGGUGAAGGUGAUUCUGCGCAAGAAGCAGAAGAGAAAGGAGUGGACCUGGGACGAGAGUAAGAUGGUGGUGAUGCACGAUCCUGUGUACAGAAUUUUCUAUGUCUCUCAUGACUCUCAAGACCUGAAAAUAUUCAGUUACAUCGCAAGGGACGGCGCAAACAACUCCUUCAGGUGCAACGUCUUCAAAUCCAAGAAGAAGAGCCAGGCCAUGCGCGUGGUGCGCACCGUGGGACAGGCCUUCGAGGUGUGCCACAAGCUGAGCCUGCAGCACGCCCUGCAGAACGCCGACGGGCAGGCCGACGGCGCCAGCGACAAAUCGGCCGAGGAGCAGCCACUGGAAGUUCAUCAGAUAAAGGGCUCCAAGAUCACCGAUGUGGAUGAGGUUGGCAUCGAUACUGGUGGCAUCUGUGUGUCCGACAGGGGACCCAGAGAGCUGCCAGGUGCCAGGGGGGACCUCGGCAUGCUGAAACCUGGGCAAGCCUCAAAGGACAAGAAUGGCCAGGAUGCCGAAAACUGCUCCCUCCACCUGGCCAGCUCCCAGCAGCUGCUCAGCCCGAGCAGCCCCUGCUCCUCGGCCUCCAUCACCCCGCUGGCCUCCCAGCACUGCCUCCAGCUGCUCCAGCAGCAGCUCCUCCAGCAGCAGCAGCAGACGCAGGUGGCUGUGGCCCAGGUGCAGCUGCUAAAGGACCAACUGGCGGCCGAGACCGCGGCGCGGAUCGAGGCGCAGGCCCGGGUGCGGCAGCUCCUGCUGACCAACCGCGACCUGCUGCAGCACGUCUCGCUGCUGGUGCGGCAGCUGACCGUGCUGGAGGCGCGGGAGGAGCACCGGGAGGAGCAUCGGCAGCCGGUUGAUCACUCCUUGCAAAACCUGUCCCUGGCCCAGUCCCUCUCCCUGAACCUGAAGAACCACUACAGCCUGGACGUCCACCUGCCGUCCACCUCCAGCCCCGCCAGCAUCCUGGGCAGCCCCGUGGGCCCCGGCUCGCUGCCUUCCCUGGGCCCCAGGGACUCCUACCUCAACCUCGUCAGCCUGGACAGGGGCAGCCACCGCUACGGCAGCAAGGAGGGGGACGAGUGUCUGGAGGGGCAGGAUGGGCUCAGCCGGCGCGUGGAGGGCUCCGAGGUCAGCGACUUCGCUCUGCUCAACGGGAGCGGCCGCCAGAAGGCCGAUGACACAGACAGAGGGGACGAGGACAGGCGGCAGCCACCCAUUCCCAAGCUCAACCCUCCGCCACCCAUCCUACGCAAAAGGUCAAGCAAGACCUCCCCAAGCCUGGAAGUGGAGGUGAAGUCCGAGAGCACUGCCCACCUGAGCCUACCCAGUGCCAGUAUCUCCAGCCUCACCAGCAUCACUGCCAGCUCCCUCACCCUCUUGGACCCUGAGGCAAGGACUCCUGCACGGAGUGCUGCCUCCAGCACGGAGUCUGGCCCUGCCGGGACCUGCCAGCGCACUCUGGGCAAGGACAGGACUGGAGAGAGUGGGCCAAUGUCCCCCUUGGCCAGCAUCCAUGACCCAACCGCCAGUGAGACCUUGGCCAAGGAGUUGGUGGCCCUGGGCAGCCCCACGGACAGCUCACUGCCCUUCUCCCCUGCAGACGACACCUGCUUGCACAUCAGCUUCUCUGAAGAUGAGUUGGACACUGCCAUGGGGCCCAGCAGAGUCCCCUCUUAGUAGGCCCACAGUAGGUGGUAGCCGGUGGCUGGCAGCCCCAGCAGCUCCGUCCACAACCCUGCGCUGGGACUGGGGGUCCCUGUGCCCAGGCUCUGAGACAGGUCCCUUUCCUGUCCCUGUCCCAAAUAACAGUCCCCCACCACCUACAGGGCCACCCCACAGGAUGGGACUGCCAGCCCUGCCUCAGUCUGCACCAGCUCACACUGCUGUCACACUGCCAUCGUGUCCCUGCUCACACAGCCAGGGA